UUGUCAGGCGCCGCGCAGUUGCUGCGGCCCCUGGUCGGCGGCUGCGAGCUGUCGUUUUCACGGACGGGAGCCAGAGGUGUCGGGCCCGGCCUGGGCGGGAGCUGCAGAGCGGGGAGAGGCAGCCGCCAGCGGGAAAAUGGCAGAAAACAAACUGAAGAGUUUGGCUUCAAAACGGACCCUAAGUAAAAAAGGACAGGAGGAACUGAGAAAGAAGGAAGAGGAGCUAAAGGCAGCUGAAAUCUAUGAAGAGUUUUUAGCCUCGUUUGACUCGGGUGGUACAGGCAAUGUAAAAACUUUUGUGAGGGGUGGCAUUGUAAAUGCUGCUAAAGAUGAGAAGGAAAGAAACGAAAGGAGAACCAAACUUUAUAAACCUAAGGCUAAGUUUGGUGAAAUAAAAACAUCACAGCAAGAUGUAUCUCGUGCACCAAAUAUUCCUUCUGAAGUGAAGAAACCUAAUAUCAAAAAAGUGAAAGAUGAAAAAAAGAAGAGUAAUUUGGAAAUAUUCAAAGAAGAGCUCAAACAGAUUCAAGAAGAGCGUGAAGAGAGGCAUAAAAAUAAGAAAAGGGUUAAAGAGAGAAAUUUAAGACCAAGUAGAUUUGAACCAAUACCUGCCGAAAUGGAACAACAGAUAAAUAGACGUGUCUUGCUUGAUGAGAGUCCGGGAUCAUAUGAUUCAGGGGAUCCUCAUACUACUAACUUGUAUGUUGGAAACAUAAAUCCACAGAUGGAUGAAGAGAUGCUUUGCAAGGAAUUUGGUAAAUUUGGCCCUUUGGCAAGUGUAAAAAUCAUGUGGCCUAGAACCGAGGAGGAGCGAGCUAGACUCCGAAACUGUGGUUUUGUUGCCUUCAUGAACAGAAAGCAUGCGGAUAAAGCCCUUAAAUCUCUCAAUGGGAAAUUUAUAAUGGGUUAUGAAAUGAAGCUGGGUUGGGGGAAGGCAGUGCCCACCCCUCCAUACCCUAUAUACAUUCCACCAGCUAUGAUGGAAUUGACUCUUCCUCCUCCUCCAUCGGGUUUACCUUUUAAUGCACAGCCUAGAGCGAGGCUGAGGAACCCUGAUUUGCCACUCCCACCAUCAAAAUCCAAGGAGGAAUUUGAGAAGACUCUGUCCGAAGCCGUAGUCAAAGUGGUUAUCCCAACAGAAAGGAAUCUUUUGUGCCUAAUUCAUCGAAUGAUCGAAUUUGUAGUUCGUGAAGGUCCAGUCUUUGAAGCUUUAAUUAUGAAUAGAGAAAUUAAUAACCCCCAGUUUAGGUUCCUUUUUGAGAACAAGGACCCAGCACAUGUUUAUUACAGGUGGAAGCUGUUUUCUAUUCUUCAGGGUGAUUCCCCUACAAAAUGGCGGACGGAAGAUUUCCGGAUAUUUAAGUGUGGUUCAGUGUGGCAUCCUCCACCUAUGAAUCCUUAUUUGCAAGGUAUGCCAGAGGACGGAGAAGUAGAUGUGCCUGUUGAACCAGAGGAACCAGUGAAGAAAGGUCAACUGAAGGAUGAGCAAAGAGAUAAAUUGGAGAAUAUCUUGAGAGGUUUGGCACCUCAUCGCAAUGAUGUAGGCGAUGCUAUGGUCUUCUGCUUGAAUAAUGCAGAGGCUGCAGAGGAAAUUGUGGAUUGUAUUGCAGAAUCGCUGUCUAUUUUACAAACUCCUCUGCAGAAAAAGAUAGCAAGAUUGUACUUGGUGUCAGACAUUCUAUAUAAUUCCUGUGCUAAAGUUGCCAAUGCAUCUUAUUAUAGGAAAUAUUUUGAAACCAAGCUGCCUCAGAUAUUUACUGAUUUACACGAAGCCCAUAAAGUGAUUCAAGCGAGGCUUCAAGCAGAACAGUUCAAGCAAAAGAUAAUGACAUGUUUUAGAGCAUGGGAAGACUGGGCUGUUUAUCCAGAGCCUUUUCUCAUUAGGCUACAGAAUAUAUUCCUUGGACUAAUGAAACUGGAUGAUGACGGAUUGGAAAGGCCAAUGGUGCAUGACGAUGUGGAUGGGACACCAAUUGACGGUGAUCACAUUGCUCCAUUAGAUGAUGUUGAUGGAUUGCCAAUUGAUGGAAUUCCACUAGAUGGAGCACUUUUAGAUGACAUUGAUGGGAUUCCUUUGAAAUCAAUUGAUGAUGACCUUGAUGGCAUGCCAAUGGAAGAAAUUAUAGAUUGUAAAAAGGAAGAACCAUUCUUAAAAAUUGCUCCUUCGAAAUGGGAAACCGUGGAUGAAUCCGAGUUGGAAGCUCAUGCAAUUACCACAUCAAAAUGGGAUCUUCUUGAUCACACAGAAUCAGAAGAAAAGGAUGAGAUUAAGAUUUGGCGGAAUAGUCCACAUGGCAAAGUGACCAGUUUAUUUCACGCGGGCCAGAAAGGAGGUUCCUGCAGGGAUGAAAUUAAGGAGGAAUCAGAGGAGGAAGAUGAGGAUGGUUUUCAGAUGGAAGGGUUAUUGGUACCGAAGGAAGAGCCCAGUGAUUCCAAAUCUCAAAAAAUGUUAGAAAUGUCUGAAGAGAAACGUGCCAAACUGCGAGAAAUUGAACUGAAAGUAAUGAAAUUUCAAGACGAAUUGGAAUCUGGUAAAAGGACUAAAAAAUCAGGAAUGACUUUUCAACAACAGGUUGAGAAUUAUAGAAGUAAACUAUUACAGAAGGGAAAGGAAAAAGAUCAGGAUAAGGAAGUAGAGAAAGAAAUUUGUGAUACCGAGAGAAUAAAAGAAACAUACAAAGAGAAAGACAGAAAAGAGAAAGAUAGAACUGAAGAAAAGAUCAAAGACAAGGAUAAAAUCAAAAUCAAAGAAAAAGACAAGAACAAGAUGAAAAACAAGGAAAAAGAUCGCAAUAAAGAUCGAACACGAACUAAAGAGAAGCACAAAGACAAAGGGAAUUCCUUGUCGCCUUCCAGGAAAAGGAGGUGUACUAGCUCACCAAGUCCCUCAAGAAGCAUCAGAUGUGAAAUAUCCAUGUCUCCUUGGUCUGAGAGAUCACUUCUAAAAGAAAAUACCUUGUCUAGGUCUCCAUCUCCAGCAUAUAAAGAGUCUCCAAAGCAUAGCAGCAAACGGAAAAAAAGAUCUUGGUCAAGAUCUAAAUCUCCAAAAAAGUCAAAGCAUUCUCGCUCAAGUUCUCCAAAAAAAUCGAGACGAUCACGGUCACGCUCCAGGACUCCUCACCGGUCUCACAAAAAGUCAAAGAAGAGUAAACGCUGACAAUCCAUUAGGUUUGUUUUGUGUACAUAAAUGAUGCAGCAUUUUUUUGUACUUUGUUUUGCUCUUUGUUACUCUCUUCCAUUUGUUUUAUAGAUGGAAUAAAUACUUGCUUUUGUAUUUGGAUGACUGCAACUCAUGUUUAAAAUGGGAAUGUGAUUCAGAUCUGAAAAUAAUCAGUUAGAAACCAUCUCUGUAACUGUCGUUAAUGCUAAUGUAAAGAUUUCACCUCUGUACUCAUAGUUUUGCUUUGCCUUCACUUCAAGUGUUGUGAUUUUUUUAAAAUAAUAGAGAUAGGCUACAGGGCCAGUAUUUUUUGUUUUGUGAUCCAUCAAAGCAUCUCUGUUCUGUUUCUGUAACUAUUACAAUGUUUAAAUAAAGUUUUGUGGCUCCUU